CAACAUCAAGGCCAUGAAACCCUAAACGGUCUCCCAAAUCCCAAAAACUUCAAUCUCCACAAAAUCAAGACCGGUUUUAUUCUCUGUCCAGCGCAUCUCCCUCCUUUCUAGGGUUUAUUCCACGCAAACCACCAAUCCUCCUCCUUCUCCGCCGCCAUCGACACAAUGGACUUCAUUAAAAAACGCAAAGCCGACGAAAACGGCAAUUCAAUCCCCACCGGCACCACUCCCUCAUCCCCAAUCACGCCACUAACCCCCGAAGAAAUCCGUAAAAUCAUCGAACCAUUUACCAAAGACCAACUAUUAGACAUCCUCCAAUCCGCCACGCUCCACCAUUCUGACGUCCUUAACUCUGUCCGUUCCGUAGCCGACGGCGACAUAUCCCUCCGAAAGCUCUUUAUUCGUGGUCUCUCUUCCGAGACAACCUCAGAAACCCUCCGAAUUCUCUUUUCUUCGUCCGGAGAACUCGAAGAAGCUAUUGUUAUUCACGACAAGAACACAGGUAAAUCGAAAGGUUUCGGGUUUAUUACAUUCAAACAUGUAGACGCUGCUAUGCUUUCGAUUAGAGAACCCAGUAAAAAAAUUGAUGGAAGGAUUACUGUUACGCAAUUAGCAUCGAAUAAUUCGAGUACUACUGAUGUUUCGUUAAGGAAAGUAUAUGUUGGGAAUGUGCCUUUUGAGGUUAGUUCUGAGAGGUUGUUGGGUUUUUUUUCAAUGUAUGGUGAGAUUGAAGAAGGCCCGCUUGGGUUUGAUAAAUCGACUGGGAAAUCAAAGGGUUUCGCAUUUCUUAUAUACAAGAAUGAGGAGGGGGCAAAGGCUGCUAUUGCUGAUCCUAUGAAAAAUAUUGAUGGGCAUCAAGUUGUUUGUAAAUUUGCUGCUGAUAAUAGGAAGGUUAAUAAGAAUAGUCAGGUUGGUGCGAUUACACAAACAUCACAACCAUUAACGUAUCCACCGCUAACAGGAAAUUCACAAAAUUAUGGGCCUGCUAGUACUAAUAGCUAUCAGAUCAAUACUUCAAUGACGGGUUCUGGAUAUAAUGGAUCUUAUAGGCAUCCGCCAUAUUUAGGGGCGGGUUUGAAUGAUGGUGGACUGAAUAACGCAGGGGCUUUAAUGUAUAGGAUGCCACAGGCUUCGGGUUCUGGGGUAUAUCCAGAUACCGGGUCUUAUGCAUUGCCUCAGCACCAGCAGCCAUCGUCAAUGUCAAUGCCAAUGCCGCCUCGAUUGCCACAUGGAGCUGGAGGGAUGUAUCAGGGUAUGCCACCAUAUUACUGAAGAUUUGGUCUUUUGCUACACUUGCUCGGGUUGUUUUGGUGGUGCUUCUUAUGGAUGGCCGAGAUGAAGGUGAGGGCUUCUGUCUGAUAGGACGCUCAGCCCAACAUGCUGGAGAUUCAAGAUGGAGGCUGCCUAAAACACUGUUUUGACAUUGUUGCUAGCUGGCCGAAGAGAUCUUUCAACCAAAACACGUUGUUGCUAUUACAUUGUUAAGGCUCAAUGUUUUGCAACUUUGCACCAUAUAGUCUGGCCCUUUUAACAUUGUAAUAUGUUUUUACCUAUGAAUGCGUCAGAGAAAAAAAAAACACAAACAUGUAAUUUUUCAUACUUUGUUCGAUUGUUCUCAAAAGUUGGUUCCUUGGAACAUCUACGGGGUCAAUUGACUUA